GUUUCUAAACUUUCAAUAAUGGUAAUGGUUAAAAUUUCCCAAAAUUGUCCUCCUUGGAAACGGAUUACCGAGGGACUGAAUAUUGAGGGAUACUGUCCAAACUCGUCCUGUCAAUCCUACAAUAAAGGUCGAGUUAUUUUUUGUUGGGGUUUUGGUAAUGGCGGGGUUUUUAACUUUUUGCAAGACAAGCAGUUUUGCAAGUGUCCUCUCUGCAAUCGAAACUUUGAACCUACGAAUUUUGGAUUUCUUGACACUUGGUAUAAAGUGAGCGGAUGGAAGAAAACUAGUUCGACUGAAGCACUAAAUGUUUCCCACGAAUGGGAGUUUGCUCCUAAUUCUUCUUAUACUACUUUUUCGGGGGAUAAUCAGAUUUCUUCUGAUUGG